AUGGCGGCAUCUCUGUUCACAUACUCCUCAACCUCUCGAAGAUUCGUUCCUGCCCCAAACUCACCUCCACUUCCAAUUCACAUCAAGGCAACCAAUGUCGUCUUCAACCCUGACAUUCCAGAGGUUCAUCGAGGUCUUGGACUCGAUGAUUUCGUCAAUUUCUUGGCUUCUUGCCGCCUUCAAUAUGCAAUCAGUGAUGUACCGUCCGAGUUCUUCCCUGAACAAGUAUGUAAGUUUUACUAUACUGCAACAGUUAAUGAAGAAAACAAUGCCAUCACCGGAACCAUUGGUCAUGGCAGACACUCUGUCUUCAUCACCGCAGAACUACUCAGUGCUGCUUUAAGGUUAUCAAUUUUCGAACCCUUUUCUGAACCUCCAACUAUUGAAAGAUGUAAACGAAUAUUUGAUCAACUGGGCUAUGAUCAUUCAAAGGCUGGUACUCGAUCAGCUCUUAUUUUGCGUCAGUGCAUGACCCCAGGCUGGAAGUUUUUCACUGGUGCUUUAUGCAAGUGUGUGGGUCACAAGUCUUGCAGUGGUGAUCAAUUGAGCAAUUAUGAGCAACAAGUCGUCUGCUCCCUUCUUCUCAACAAAAGAUUAGAUUAUGGGGCACUAUUCUUUGAUCAGCUUGUUCAGCUUCUACGUGCAAAUGUGCGUGCUGAUCAUGUUCCCUUUCCACGCUGGAUUGCCCUGGUGUUCGACAAAUUCUUCGCUGCUGACUACUUUUCUCACUCUGGGAAUCCAAUCCAAUGCCCUCGAAUGUCCGUUUGUAUGUAUCAGGAUGAUCCUUUGGAUACUGACAUUGGAAUCUCCGAUAGGAUGAGAGAAUGGAUUGCCAAUCCAUACACUAUGCCUUCUCUCACCGCUGACACUGAUGAAGGAGGUGCUGAUGGUAAUCGUAUGGAUCGUGCUGAUCAAGAGGUGGAACAUCAUGAUGGUGGCCAUUUCUCCCCUCAACUUUCUCAUCACCUCAUCUCGGACACUGGCAAAGCCUCCUCAGCACCACAGGAUUCCAUGCCUCUGGGGAGCAACCAUCACAGGGGGAGCAUCAGUCUCAGGGGGAGCAUCCAUCACCAGCAGCUCACUACUUCUCUCCAAGGAUGCAACCUAGCUCUCCAGUUGCCCCAGCGUCUGCUUCGUAUUGAGGCUGAUGUUCAACAAAUCAAGGAGGUUCUCUUACUUACUCCUCCCUCUAGUCCCAAAUCUAAUGAUGCUCAAAAAGGGGGAGAUACUGAUGAUGAUGCUGAUGUUGAUGAUCAUGCUGAUGGGCAUAAUAGUCCAGCAGCUACUGAAAAAUUGUUUGAAGACAGUGAGCAUGAUGAAGAGCAUGAUGAACCUGAUGAUGAAUGUCAAAUUCUUGACAUGAACUUCAUUGAUCCUCUCAUUCCAGUUCAGCAAGAAAGCUUAGAUGGCCUUGAAGAAUCUCAUCCGAUAUUAGCCGAUCCUAUUGCUGAUCCCAUCAUUCCGGUCCAAGGAGAGGAUUCGGACAUUGCCAGUGAAGAAUCUCAUCCGCUGUCUCGAAAGCGGAAGGUUUGUGAAUCGCUACGCCUUUCACAAACCCUAAUCGUCGCUUUGUGCACACGAUAA